GUGCAGCUCUGAAUAGCAGCAGCAGUUUGGGAGCUCGUCCAUCUCACUAAUCCUGCGGGAAAAGGGGCUCCACUCCUUGGGAGCAUGGCACUGCUGGGCUGGGGCUGCAUCGUCUGCAUUCUAGCUGCUGCAGGUACAAUAGCAGAAGCCGUUCAGGUGACGGUGGGGAGCCCUGUGGUGCACGGGAUUCUGGGACAGUCAGUCCUCCUGUCCAUCUCACUCGACUCAACUCCGCUAAAGUCAUUGCAAUGGUCAGUGAAGAAGGAGGACUCCCAAAAACUAAGGAUUUUAAAAGCUGAAAAUAAAACACAGCCAGAAAUAAUAUCCACGUUCCUUCAUCGUGUGGAGCUCCUGAAGAAUGGGUCGAUUCUCCUAAGAAACUUGAACUUCUCAGAUCAAGGGGUUUAUAUAGUGACAGUAACAAACUGGGACGGGAGAGAAGAAACAGGGACCAUUACCCUGACAGUGAGCACCCCCCUCUCAGAGCCCCUCAUUUCAGUCUCCGUAAGCAACACCUCGCACUCCAUGCUGCUCACCCUGAGCUGUGAGGUCACAGAGGGAACGCAGCCCUCCUAUUGGUGGCUGAAGGAUGGCAAACCCCUCCCCCAGGACGGCAGGCACUUUGUGUCGGAGCAGAACUCGUCUCUGGAGGUGAGGAACGUGACGGAGCGAGACUGCGUCACCUACACCUGCGUGAGCCGGAACAGGCUGGGAAGCAGGGAGGCACAGCGGAACAUCACAGCUAAUGACACUACUGCCUGUCUCCCUGCAUGGGCACUCACUCAGGCUCAAGCUCUGUCAAUAGCAGCUGCAGCGCUGUGUGCGGCAGGGCUGUGCGUCAUCCUCUAUUGCACCAAGAAGCAUUAUCAGGAAAUCUGGCAAUGGAUCCGAGGGGUGCAAGAGGAAAGGGGGCUGGAGGAGAUAAACAGACGAGGUAUAGGAAUCAGAAGAGAUUAUCAGCUCGAUACACUAGAGGAAAACCUGUACAAUGAAGAGGCAGAUGCCCAGGAUGGUGUUGUGGUCAGUGUAGGGGCAGUGCUCCCAUACAUCUACAUGGAUUUCCUUCCCGCUGGGAUCUGCAGAGGCGGGACGGCAGAGGAAAGGGUGUAUUCUACCAUCGAAGACACUGCAGCACAGGCAGAGGGGUCACACACACACACACACACAGAAAUCACACAGUAACAGUGGAAGCUGUUCAUCGAGGAGAUUCUAAAGAAGUACAAUUCUAUUUACAAGUCUUUAUGGGCUCCCCUGAAUCAAAUAAAAAAGCCUUUAUGCCGUGAGU